UUGGGUUUCUCAUUUGUAUUUCCAUUGAUAUUUGGCAGAAAUGAUAUUAAAAAUUACAGUAUAGAUUACUAAGUUCUAAAAUGUCAGGUGUUUUCUUGCUUCAUUGUGUCAUUGAAGAUGUAGAAUCGUUUAAAGUAAGGUUGGACCGCCACUGGCAAGGAGACAUGCUGUACCAGUUUUGAGACCUGUAUCAACGUUGUCUAUGGACAGCUGUAAUUUAAUCAUAUAUACUCAUAACUGUUACCAACAACCUUUACACGAUAAGAUUUUAUGAGCUCCGAAGAUAGAUCGUGACGAAACAAGUUUAGACGAAGAGGGGUUUAAAAAGGGCACAAGUCCUUAUACAGAACCCAAAAUCAUCCUACAGCACAGGACAAUGAGUAUGAAGCAAAGUGGAUCAGGGAACAAAUCACGGGGCCUCCUGCCCCAGCCCCAGGCCUCUGUCACGGCUGCUGCUGUCGCCGCAGCAGGGAAUGCUACCUCGAGCAAUCAGGAACUAGCGAGCUACUUUGAGUGCCCGGUGUGUUUUGACUUUGCUCUACCUCCAAUCAUGCAGUGCCAAAGCGGCCACAUUGUCUGCCAGAGCUGCAGACAAAAGCUCACAAUGUGCCCAACAUGUCGCGGCCCGCUUGGAAAUAUACGGAACCUGGCCAUGGAAAAAGUGGCUGCCACAGUAAACUUCCCCUGUAAAUAUGCAAACAAUGGCUGUCAGACCACGCUACUUCAUACGGAGAAACCAGAACAUGAAGAAACCUGUGAAUUCAGACCGUACUGCUGCCCAUGUCCGGGGGCAUCAUGUAAGUGGCAGGGCGGGCUGGAGCAGGUAAUGCCACACCUCAUGUCCUCACACAAGAGUAUCACCACUCUCCAGGGUGAGGACAUAGUGUUCCUGGCGACGGACAUCAACCUGCCCGGGGCUGUGGACUGGGUGAUGAUGCAGUCAUGUUUUGGCCACAACUUUAUGCUUGUCCUUGAGAAGCAGGAGAAGAUGGAGGGACAGCACAUGUUCUACGCCAUUGUACAGCUCAUAGGCACUCGCAAACAGGCAGAGAACUUCGCAUAUAGAUUGGAGUUGAACGGUCACCGUCGUCGGCUGACAUGGGAGGCGACACCUCGCAGUAUACACGACGGCGUCCAGUCCGCCAUCAGUGCCAGUGACUGUCUAGUGUUUGACACUAAUAUUGCACAGCUCUUUGCUGACCACGGCAACCUAGGAAUUAACGUCACCAUUUCCAUGUGCUCCAUGUAAACACCACACAUAUGUGCUGUUAUGUUAUUUGUGUAGUGCUUGUUAUGUGGCAGUCUGCCUCAGUCCGCCAGGGUGAUGAUUGUGUCCAACAUUAGACCUCUUUAAUCUUCAUCUUUAUGUGAAGCCUGCCGGAAUUUACUUGCCUCAUCUAAAUAACUAAUGCAUUUACUUCUUGUUGAUUCUCAAAGAUGUUAAGGCCAAUAGAAAUUAAGUGCUAGAUUUUCAUCCAUUUUUUUUUUAAUGGGGGCGGGGGGUGACAUUUUAUUUCUUUAUUUUUCUAAGAUGACUGUUUUACCCUUGAAUUUUUGUUCAUGCAAUUUCUUAUGGCAAAAGGGACCUUAUGCAUUGUUUCUAGAUGAACCAUGAACAAGAUUGUAACAAUUCUUUUUUACAUGUGAAUGUUACACAUCAACACCAUAGGUAUGAAUAAACACCAUUCCCGGACAGCAUAGGACCAAUACGCAAAUACAGAGCCCAGUUAAAUAUUUUUAUUUGAGUCAAUAAAAUUUAAGGGUGGCAGCGAAAAAAAUAGGGGGCGGUCCGGGAUGAAAAUUUAGCAAUUAAUUUAUAGUCGCCUUACUAGUCCUACAUUUAAUUUGCAGUGAAUGUUCUAUUUUUAGAACACAUUUGACUGCAAUGUGAGCAAUGUCAGCUCAGAAUCUUCCUUUGCGAGUGUUUGGAAGAAUCUUUCUUGAAACAAAACUUCCCUCAUAUAUAGUUCUGUGGUUAGUUACUUGAACUGAUCUGCCAGGCUUGAUGAGGCUUAUCCGAACAUCCACCAUGUUUUUGAUUUUGGUACAGUAAUUACUUGUUAUUGCUUGGGCGGGGCCUGAAUACAAAACCCGAUGAACUCGUUUAUGCAGUAUUGGUAACAGUGAUAUGUUGGUGUGUCAUGUCAUGACGAUAAGGUUGCAAGCAAUCACCUUUGACUGCUCAGAAAAUAGAUCAGUGAAUAAUGUCAGGAUAUCGGGAACUGAUCAGUUCCUCUCGUCUAACAUUUCUUCCAUUUUAAAAGUUAAAUACAGAUAUUGUAAUUAUUGGAGUAUGUUGAAUUAUUUUAAACAUGUACAUAUAGACAGGGACUUUUAGAUUUCUUUCAUUAAUAGACUGUGUAUGUUAAGAGUAAAAGUAUUAAAUUAGAAAGGCAUCCAUUUUCAUCCAUGGUCUGUGGUGGAAAUGGCUACCAUCUAGAACUAAUGAGACUUAUUUCAUGGCAAAUUGUUAAGUAUAAAAAUAUGUAAUAAAAUACAAGUUUUAGGUUAUUAAUGAAGGUGACUUUGAAAGAAGAUUAUGUGUUGAGCACAUUUAGAUGUAUAUUUCAAAUCUAUGUGACAAGCUAAAGAAAUGUGCUAAUGUGAAUGAUUGUUGUUAUGUUUUAUGUAUCUUCGACUUGACCCACUAUUAAGUGAAGCAUGUUUUUUUAGCAUAAAUCUAAACGUAUAAGGAAACCAACGUUACAUGUAGUUUUCACGACCCAUUUUUCAGUGGUGCGCUUGUUAAAACCAGAUUGCAGUAGUUCUGUUUGGUAACUAAAAUAUGAUCUUCUAGUUUUGUUAUCUAACUGUGAUAUAAAUUGGCUGUUGUGAGGGACAGUUUUAUAGGAUUUUUCUGGUAAAUAUGCAAGCAUGCUCUAGGAAAUAUAACUUUGUUCUAAAGAGUCAAAUGGACAGUGUUGAUCAUUAUUAGCCAUUACCUACCUUAACUUUUCAGUGCACAUUUCGUUUGAAAUCAGUUCAUAUUCGUGACUAUGUACCAGAGAAGCGAGCCUCAUUUGGAGUUCAGCUUCACCGUAAUCUAAUUACACAUCUAAAGAAUAAACUGUAAAUCAUGACAAAAUAAAAUCCUAAAAUCCUCUUCAAAUUAUAGGUGAUUUUGUGAAGCACUAUUAACACCGUGUAAAACAAAAUGUAUGAAUUUCGAUUGCCAUAUAAGAGUGUUGUUUUAUCUCUGACCAUACAGGUAUCUUCAAAAUGAGAAAUUUCUGUCAGGCAAUUGUGUGUAGAGUGAACGAAAAUAAUUUUUAUAGUUGGUUUGUGGAAAUAAUUACAGUUCAUGACUAGUAGAUACUAGAUACAAACACAGAGUUCUGGGACGUCUGUAGGUAAGAGUAGGAAAUUACCCUUCAAGCACUUCUGUUAGUGUAUUCAAAUGUCCGUCUUGUGUACAAGCAUUUUAUUCUGUUGUGUGACAUGAAUGUGUCUCUUUACGUGUCAUGUUACAUUCUGUGUUAACUGUUAAGGUUUUUGUAAAAUACACAUUGUUUUUUUGUAUAUGAAACUUUGUAAUUGUAGAUAUUCUGUCAAUCUGAAAAUGUUCAAAGUUGUAAAUGGAAUCAGUUGUUUAUAUUUUCUUUUGAUAUUGGAACGCAGACAUGUUUGUUAACUGGUAUUUGUAUGAUAUGGCAGUGAUGGCACACAUGCCAUAUAUUGUCUAAAAAUAGCUAACGGCUCAUGCAUAUUCAAAAUUGAUUAAGUCUUGUUAGAAAUUCCCUUACUUUUUUGGCUGGUUUCUCUGAAGUUUUGCUGUUAUGUAAAUUAUGAAUGUAAUAUAUACUUAAACUAAUUGAGACCAUAUCUUGCUAUUUUUUAGCUCCACUAUUAGAAUAAGGAAGGCUAUACUACUAGCUCCGGCAUCGGCAUCUGGUUAAAAGUUUGAGGGGAAAGUCAGUUUUUCCUUAUAACUCUUAAUACCCCUCAUUCAAUUCACUGAUUCUUCAUACAGUUGUUCAGGACCAUCACACAAUUAAGUUCCAUAACUCCAUAUUAUCUUAAUAUGGCCCCUGGGAACUUUGUUAGGGCACAUUGUGUCAGGUAUUAGUUAAAGGAUAGUUGGCAUUUUCACUCAUAACUUCUAUACCCUUCAUCAAACAAUUAGGUUCCAUAACUCCAUAUCAUACUAAAUACAAAUUAUGGCCCUUGAUCUACUUAGGAGUUUGGUUAAAGUUUUAGGGCAACUUGAGGUUUAAACUCUGAUCUCAAAUAACAUUCAAUCAAUGGACUUCGUACUUCACACAGUUGUCCACAAGGUUACAUAACGCCAUUAGGUUACAUAACGCCAUAUCAUCCUAAAUACCAAUCAUGGCCCCUGAUCGACUUAAAAAGUUCCAGUUUAGUUUAAGAUCAACACAGGGUUUUAAUAUAUUCAAAUAAUGAUCAUUCAAUGGAUUUUAUACUUCACACAAUGAUUGUUGUUCACGGCCACAACACAAUACUUCACACAAUAACUGUUGUUCACGGCCAUCACACAAUAACUGUUGUUCAUGGCCAUCACACAAUACUUCACACAAUAACUGUUGUUCAUGGCCAUCACACAAUACUUCACACAAUAACUGUUGUUCAUGGCCAUCACACAAUACUUCACACAAUAACUGUUCUCCAUGGCCAUCACACAAUACUUCACACAAUAACUGCUGUUUAUGGCCAGCACACAAUACUUCACCAAUAACUGUUGUUAAUGGCCAUCAGACUAUACUUCACACAAUAACUGUUGUUCAUGGCCAUCACACAAUACUUCACACAAUAACUGUUGUUCAUGGCCAUCAGACUAUACUUCACACAAUAACUGUUGUUCACGGCCAUCACACAAUACUUCACACAAUAACUGCUGUUCACGGCCAUCACACAAUACUUCACACAAUAACUGCUGUUCACGGCCAUCACACAAUACUUCACACAAUAACUGUUGUUCACGGCCAUCACACAAUACUUCACACAAUAACUGUUGUUCAUGGCCAUCACACAAUACUUCACACAAUAACUGUUGUUCAUGGCCAUCACACAAUAACUGUUGUUCACGGCCAUCACACAAUAACUUUUCACAGCCAUCAGACAAUACUUCACACAAUACGGGUUGUUCAUGGCCUUCACACAAUAGCUGUUGUUCAUGGCCAUCACACAAUACUUCACACAAUAACUGUUGUUCACGGCCAUCACACAAUAACUGUUGUUCACGGCCAUCACACAAUAACUUUUCACAGCCAUCAGACAAUACUUCACACAAUACAGGUUGUUCAUGGCCUUCACACAAUUAGGUUAUGCAGCUCCAUUAAUCUAAAUACAAAUUAUGGACCUUGAUUGACUUUGUUUUCUUAAUUGUUUUUGACAAGCACAUAUAACAUCAUUAAUGCAUUCAUGCAUUCAUUUUUAAGACAAAGCAGCAUAUAGUUGAGCACACUGUUCUACGACAGCUCUUGUACUAAUACUCAAUAACAUUAAAUAUUUAAUAUGAAGGAUGAAGAAUGAAAAUACAUUGUUUAUUGUGUCAUAUUUGGAUUUCAUUAUUGUACAUUAGAAUAUACUUCAUAUUACUUGAUUUAUUUCUAUAAAAGAUGAAAAUUG